AUGCGUGUAUUUUUAACAGGCGAUGUGAAUGCACAAGAUUUUUCGAAAAAACGUCUACAAAUAGGAAAUGGAAUGAUGACGUCCGAAAACAAUGAUGGAAGCAUUCAACUGGAGGUAUUUUUAACAGGCGAUGUGAAUGCACAAGACUUUUCGGAAAAACGUCUACAAAUAGGAAAUGGAAUGAUGACGUCGGAAAACAAUGAUAGAAGCAUUCAAUUGGAAAUAUUUUUAACAGGCGAUGUGAAUGCACAAGACUUUUCGGAAAAACGUCUACAAAUAGGAAAUGGAAUGAUGACGUCCGAAAACAAUGAUGGAAGCAUUCAAUUGGAAGGUUUUGCUAUUGAGAUAAAAACGCAUGAAGAACUUAUGACUGUUGUCUUUCCAAAUUCGAAAGAGAAAUUUAAGGAUCAUGGCUGGUUACGUGAAAGAGCUAUUCUAUGCCCUAAAAAUGAUGAUGUCACAAUUACAAAUGAUACUUUACUGACACAUUUGCCUGGGCCACUCCGAACAUACAAGUCCAUUGAUACUGUGUAUGAAAAGGACGAAGUGGUUAAUUAUCCCACAGAGUUUCUGAAUUCUCUUGAGAUAUCUGGAAUCCCACAACAUAAAUUAAAUUUGAAGGACGGGUCACUUAUUAUGUUACUACGAAACUUGGACCCUCCUAAUCUGUGUAACGGUACAAGAAUGAGUGUCAACAAAUUACAUCACAAUAGAGUUGAAGCAACAGUGUUAACUGUACCAGCAGCUGGAACUGAUGUCUUGAUUCCAAGAAUACCUAUAACUCUAUCAUAUAUUCCAUUUCAGUUUAAAAGGCUCUAA